AUGGCCUCCAGUGGCGGUGAUUACCCGGAAGAGAGACACAGCUCUGAGAGCUCAGGCGCGCAUAGCUGGCAUAGCUGGAUGUCACAGGAAACGGUCAGGGACGGUCAAACCGAUCGUCGCCCCCCGAAUCAACCCAUGUCGAACGGUCGCAGUUUAUCCCCGUUCCCGCCGUCUGCCAGAGCAGACAGAUCCCGUUCGCAGGGUCGAAAGCCACCGCCGCCCGCUCUGGGUCCCGCGACCGAGUUUAAUACGUCCAUGUUCUCUAGAGCCUCCCCAGAUGUGUCCCCAACGGACCUGCGUAAAGGUUCUGGUUUCGCCAGCCAUCGUAAAGCGUUGGCAAUGCUAGGCGCCGACGACCCCGGCCCUCCACCGACAUCAAGCUCUGGUUCCGGGCCCUCUCAUUUGAAUCCUCAUCAGUUUGACUACUUCCAGCAAAACCCAAACUCUUCUCGGCCUUCGUCCCCGAAGAUGGCCCCGACCGACUCGUCCGGCACGUUCUUCCAUGAUUCCGAACAUGAAGCAUCGCCCGCUACGGCAUCAUUUCGCCCGGGAACUGGUCGCACGUAUGCCAGCGAACCGCUGGAGAUCGAUUACAAUAUGGACAAUCGGCGGCCUUCUGUCGCAAGCGCCACCACGGUGAGCAGCCAAGGUUCGAAGUCUAGUACAAGUGCUCGAUUUCGGAAGAAAUUACAAGGCUUCUUCGGCGACGAAUACUUGGGACCAGGUGAACCAAGACCCGAGUCGGAUCACGCAGCGCAGCUCCAAUCAGGUAAUCCGUCACACAUCGAGCAGUACCUAACCCGUGAACGUGCCAAUUCAGAUGGAACACGGCCCGUACCGGGACUUGCAAACGAUGACUCGUCCUCUCAAAAUCCACCAGCACAUACCCCGCUCCCUUCCAGCGAGAUCACGCCAUGGUUAUACCAAAGCUUCCAUGACAUCCCUCAAUACGGAGAGGCUCCAGUCCGUGAAGCCCCCACAGACAGUCGUACCGCAGCCAAUGCCAAAGGCUGGCAGAAAGAACCAGCGCGACGACACCUGGGCGGACAUCGUCAUUCUCGAAGCAAAGAGGAGAAGCCAACGGUUGCCGGGGAUCUUGCCGGAUACCCUGCUCGUCCAUCCACAGGACGCGAUGACCUGUCGCUUGGACUUCGACCCUCUAGAGAGGGAAGCUUCAAUAAUUACCCUGCGGCGAUGAAUUCGACUUCCACCCUGGUUGGGCGUUCGACUAGCCCCACGCCGAGUGUUCAAAGCGCUUAUGCUCGCGAGCAAGGACAAAACUCCCCGGGGCCGGGACAAAACAAGCGCUCCAUCCUCGAUAAAAUCCGCCGUCCUAUAGGGCACGGGCCGCUGAAGCAUUUCCCUGGAGCCAAGGGCGCGCACGAUACGACCAAGGCUUCCUCGAAACCGUCACGACGGGAUCCCUCCCCUGCGAGGCGAGGCCGGCAGGGCAGUCUUGAAAGUGGUUUGUCGACCCCGCGGUACCUGGACGCGAGUGACUCGGAUCGGAAACGAGACCCCAGAAUUGUUCUGGGAUCUGCAAAGAUGCGAAACCGUCGACCUGGUACCGAGACUCCGGCCCGAGAGGCAAAGGGUGACGAGCAAAGUAUGUACUCGCUUGAUACUGAUCUCUCGCAUAUGGAGGGAAUCAUCAAAGAUCAAAACGCUGCGAUUUCCGCCGACCGAAACCGGUCAAUCAACGGCGCAUCUUUCGAGGACCAAGAAGGGAGGAUCGGGCAUUGGGAUGCGCCUGAAAGCUGGCAUGUCAAGAAACACGGAGAUGAGAACACAGCCAGACUCCCCACCACUGCCCAGGCCACUGCUCGCGCUGCACCAGAUGCGGAUGGUAUCUCUUAUUUCAUUCGCGUCUUUCGUAUUGACUCCACCUUUGCCACGUUGUCAACAGGGCUGAAUGCUACGGUGGCCGACAUUCUCGUGCUGCUGGGUCGAAAAUCUUUCCUCACUGAACACCUCAACAAUUACGAGAUCGUGAUGCGAAAGAACGACCUCUCACGGCAGCUUGACCCGGGCGAGAAACCUAUCCUUAUGCAGAAGCGGAUGCUCGAGCAGAUUGGUUACACCCAGAAAGAUCGGAUCGAGGAAAUCGGCCGGGAGGACCACAGCUAUAUCCUCCGUUUUACCUUCCUCCCCACGAAGCUGAGCGGGCUCAGCAGUCUCCAAGGCGAACCUGGAUUCAAUAAAAUGCAAAAGUUCAGCCAUGUUGAUCUUCAGGGUCGCAGUCUUGUCACUAUCCCCAUCACGCUCUACAAAAAAGCAUCUGAAAUCAUAUCCCUGAACUUAUCGCGAAACCUGGCGUUGGAUGUUCCAAGAGACUUCAUCCAAGGUUGCAUUAAUCUGCGGGAGAUCAAGUUCAUUGGAUGUGAGGCUGAACAACUACCUGCAAGCUUCGGUCUUGCAAGUAGAUUGACCUACCUGGAUGUGUCCAAUAACUUUUUGGAAAAUCUUAGCCAUGCCAAUCUGGACAGGCUGCAUGGCCUCGUGCUGAUCAAACUGGCGAACAACAGGCUGACGGAAUUGCCGAGUUACUUUGGAGCCUUUGAGUUCCUGAGGAGCCUCAACAUUUCCUCCAACAACUUUCAGGUCUUUCCGGAGUUCCUCUGUAACCUGAAGAGUCUGGUGGACCUGGACAUCAGCUUUAACAACAUCUCCGAGCUCCCGAACAUCGGCAAGUUGAGCACACUGGAGCGGAUCUGGAUGACAAAUAAUGUCAUAAAAGGCCCCUUGGGGGAGACGUUCAAGGACUUGGUAAAUCUCAAGGAAAUUGAUGCACGAUUUAAUGAGAUCACCAACAUCGACAACCUAUGCCUACUGCCGCGCCUGGAGCAGUUGCAGAUUGGCCACAACGCUGUCUCCAAAUUCCGAGGGUCUUUCCCAAAAUUGCGGACGUUGCUCAUUGAUCAUUGUCCCAUCACACAGUUCGACAUUGAUGGCCCCAUGCCGACUCUUUCCUCCCUGAACAUUGCUUCCGCUAAGCUAGUCCAAUUCCGUGACUCGCUCUUUGAGAAUUUGCCCAACUUAACUAAACUCGUGCUCGACAAGAACCACUUCGUUUCCAUGUCGCAGCACAUCGGGAAGCUCCGCAGGCUUGAGCACUUCAGCAUGAUCAAGAACCCGCUGGCCUCUCUCCCAGCUACGAUUGGGUGCUUAACCGAGCUCCGUUACUUGAACCUGCGCGAGUGCAAUUUGAGCCGCCUGCCUUCUGAGAUUUGGUAUUGCCUGAAACUGGAAACCCUCAACGUGUCGUCGAACGUGUUGGACAGCUUCCCAAAGCACGGUGGACCUCCUCCCCAGCCUCCGACCGAAUCUGGUGGAACUCCCUUACCAACCCCAGGGAUUUCGACCACUCCCAGCUAUGAGGAGUUAGGAGCCCUUGCCGAGCAGGAACCCCGCCGACCUAGUCAAACUUCAGGAGGGGUUCUGAGUACAGGGAGUUCGCCAAAUGGCGGCUACAGAAAGCCCUCCGUGGCGUCCUCUCUAGGACAAUCUGGGCGAAAAGUUUCUGCGGCUCGGUCGGUCAAUGAAGGCAGUCCAUCGUCCAGGAAGGAUUCCAAUUUCUCUCAGCAUGUUGCGACCACCUUUGGAGGUUCCCUGCGCAAUUUAUACCUGGCUGAUAAUAGGCUGGAGGACGAUAUUUUCCGGGAACUGUCUUUAAUUCCUGAAUUACGUGUGGUCAAUCUCUCAUACAAUGAAUUGACGGAACUGCCGCAAGGGCUUCUGAGACGGUGGCCGUUCCUAACGGAUCUGUACCUCUCGGGCAAUGAGUUGACAUCUCUGCCUUCUGACGACCUUGAAGAGGGAAGUAACUUGAAGGUCCUCCACAUCAACGCAAAUCGGUUCCAAGUGCUUCCCGCAGAACUUUGCAAAGUCAGCAAGCUGGCAAUUCUUGAUGUUGGGAGCAAUUCGCUGAAGUAUAACGUGACCAACUGGCCAUAUGAUUGGAACUGGAACUGGAACCGGAACCUGAAGUACCUCAAUUUCUCCGGGAAUAAGCGGCUGGAAAUCAAGCCGAACAUAUCAUCUCUUGGAUCGCCAGCCGCGCAAGGCACUGACCUGACAGACUUCAAUUCGCUUACUCAUUUGCGAGUCCUGGGCUUGAUGGAUGUCACUCUCACAACAUCCACGAUCCCCGAGGAAAGCGAAGACCGUCGUGUGCGAACAUCAGCGUCAUUGGCUGGCUCUCUAGCGUACGGCAUGGCAGAUUUUCUUGGGAAGAGUGAGCAUUUGUCUAUUAUUGAUAUGAUUGUGCCUCGCAUGAAACCGGAUAACAUCGAAACUGUGGUUGGAAUGUUCGAUGGGCAAUCACAGUCCACUGGUGGCUCAAGAAUAGCCAAGUUUCUACAUGAGAACUUCCUCCAGACUUUCUCUGGCGAGCUGAAGAGACUAAGACCGGAUGAACAAGAAUCACCCCUCGACGCGCUACGGCGGUCGUUCCUGGCUCUGAAUAAGAACAUGGCUUUUGCCUGCUAUCGGUCCCUUGAUGAGGAUGUCAGGCAAUACCAUGAAGAUGCCGCUGAUCAGAAGAAGGUGCGCUUGACAAAAGACGAUAUCCGGUCUGGUGGGACUGCCACUGUGCUCUACCUGCGCAACAUGGAUCUUUAUGUCGCCAAUGUGGGCGAUGCGCAGGCGAUUCUCGUCAAAUCAGAUGGAUCAUUUCGACACUUAACUCGCAACCAUGACCCAGCCGAAUCCCAUGAGCGGGCAAGAAUACGGGCCGCGGGUGGCUUCGUGUCUCGUCAUGGCAAGCUUAACGACAUUCUUUCUGUCUCCAGGUCGUUUGGACACUUCCUGCUGAUGCCUGCAGUCAUCGCUGCCCCUCAUACGAUGCACGUAAAUCUCACGGAACAGGACGAAAUGAUUAUUCUAGCAUCAAGGGAGCUCUGGGACUAUGUGACACCAGAUUUGGUUGUUGAUGUGACAAGGGCCGAGCGCAGAGACCUUAUGGUUGCAGCGCAAAAAAUCAGAGAUCUCGCAAUCUCCUUCGGAGCAACGAACAAGCUAAUGGUCAUGAUCCUGGGUGUUGGUGACUUGAAGAAGCGGGAGAAGCGUAUCAGGAACCAGAGCGUCUACCUGGGACCCCCCGAAGAGCAACUGAUCACGAGCACAAAACGUCCGAAGAAGCCGGCUAACAUGCCUGGUGAUUCUCGUCUGGCCCGUUUCGACUAUGUGGAUGCUCCUGUAGGGGAAUUGGCCAUCAUUUUCACUGAUAUCAAGAAGUCCACUAGCCUCUGGGAAACUUGUCCGGAUGCCAUGCGGUCUGCCAUCCAAAUCCAUAAUGAUAUUCUCCGUCGACAACUGGGUAUCAUCGGUGGAUACGAAGUCAAAACCGAAGGUGAUGCUUUUAUGGUUGCGUUCUCUACAACGACUGCAGCUUUACUCUGGUGCUUCAAUUGCCAAACCCAACUUCUGGAAGCCGAAUGGCCGACGGAGAUCCUUGAACAACCCCAAUGCCAGGUUCAAUACGAUAUGGACAACAAUAUCAUCUUCCGCGGAUUGUCUGUCCGCAUGGGUGUCCACUGGGGAGAACCUGUAUGCGAGAAGGAUCCCGUGACCAACCGAAUGGACUAUUUCGGUCCCAUGGUUAACCGGGCAUCGCGUAUCUCCGCAGUCGCCGAUGGCGGACAGAUCUUUGUAUCGUCGGAUUUCAUGAGUGAUAUUCAACGAAACCUGGAAGUGUUCGCUGACAGCGAACGCGCCGCGUCCACGGGUUCGGAGGAAAGCUAUGCCAUGGACAAUCUCGGGUAUAAUAUUCGCCGCGAACUUCAACAGCUCAACAGCCAAGGCUUCGUGAUCAAGGACCAAGGAGAACGGAAGCUGAAGGGCCUCGAAAACCCGGAGCCGCUCUACCUGAUUUAUCCUCACUCUCUCUCUGGCCGGUUAACAACGUUGGAGCAGAAUGCUGCGCCUGAGAAUGCGCCAACUACGAUAAGCAAACAUUCACAGCUCGAAAUCCAGACUGAUCUUAUAUGGCGCCUGUGGGAAAUCACCCUCCGUCUGGAAAGACUCUGCGGGGCAUUGGAAUAUCCAGGCGAGACGCGGCUCAAGGAACCGAACGUCGCCCUGUUCAAUGUGGUCAAAAAUCAUGGCGGGGAGCUCGCUGAUUCAACUGUAGUCAGCCUUGUUGAACAGCAAGUUACUCGCAUCGAGACGACAAUUACGACUCUCAGCAUCCGCCACAUGCUUCGACCCUUCGGGCCAGGCGAUGGACUCGCUGACCACGCGAUGCCUAUCGCAGACGUACUGCAAGAGCUACAGACACAACUUGCGGAGUAUCGGGCGCUGAAGGGGCAAACUUCUGCCGGUGCUGCAGGCAUCACUGGCAUGUCCCCAGGCUAUGCGUCGACUGAUGUGCAGUACCCUGCCUCCAGCCCAUCAUCUUCCUCCUUGCUCCACAUGGGGCAUUCGAGUCACGACCUGAAUUCGAACGGGUCGCAUUCCUGA